AAAUUAAGAGUGAGAUCAGGAGAGAGGUGCAUCCAAAAUAUGGCCGUCUCCCCCAACCUAAUAAUGGCGCUGCCUCUAAUACUGAUACUUAGUUUAGUAGCCUCUCAAGAUACCAGUUUCAGCUACCAUGGGUUUAGAUCGGCGAAUCUAAGCCUAGACGGCAUGGCCAAUAUCACUUCUGAUGGUCUUUUGGAGCUCACCAAUACGUCCACGUUCCAAACUGGUCAUGCUUUCUAUCCCAGUCCAAUAAGCCUCAAGAACUCUUCAAAUGGCAAUGCUUUCUCCUUCUCCUCCACUUUUGUCUUUGCCAUCAUUCCUAAUCCUGACUAUUCCAUUCCAAUCGGUCAUGGGCUUGCUUUAGUGAUUGCUCCAACAAGAGGGCUCCCAGGAGGAGCUUCUGCCCAGUACCUUGGCCUUUUCAAUUUUACCAAUAAUGGUAAUUCCAGUAAUCAUGUGGUUGCCAUAGAGCUCGAUACAUUCCACAACCAGGAGUUUGGAGACAUCAAUAAUAACCAUGUUGGGAUUGAUAUAAAUGGGUUGAGGUCCAAUAUAUCUGCUCCAGUAGAGUAUUACGUUGACGACAAUAGUCGAGUGAGGAGUUCUUUAGACCUUGUCAGUGGCCAACAAAUGCAAGUUUGGGUGGAAUAUGAUGGUGUCAAGAAGGAAAUCACUGUUACUUUAGCUCCAAUUAAUGCCACAAAACCCGAAAAUCCGCUGUUGUAUUUAUACUGUGAUCUUUCGCCAAUACUUCACCAGAACAUGUAUAUUGGCUUCUCCGCCUCAACUGGAAGAUUGGUUUCAAACCAUUAUAUUGUGGGAUGGAGCUUUAGAAUCAAUGGCCAGGCUCCAGAACUUGUCCGCUCUCGGCUUCCCGUCUCUCCACUUCUCGGUACUGUGCCUCAGUCAGGAGGUAAAAAGAGAUUAAAGUUUUUUACAAUUGGGUUGCCCGUGAUUAUAGUUAGUUUAGCCGUGGGAGCAAUUUCAAGUUUAGUUUAUGUCGUAAGAAGGAAGAGGCAGUUUGCAGAAUUGCAAGAAGAUUGGGAGCUUGACUAUGGAGCUCACAGAUUCACAUACAAAGAUCUUUAUAUGGCCACAGGUGGAUUUAGGGAAAAAGAGCUAUUGGGAAGUGGUGGAUUUGGUAGAGUCUAUAGAGGGAUACUACCUACUUCAAAAAUUGAGAUUGCAGUGAAAAGGGUUUCCCAUGAAUCAAGGCAGGGCAUGAGAGAAUUUGUAGCAGAAAUUGUGAGCAUUGGUCGGCUUCGCCACAGGAAUUUAGUUCCGCUAUUGGGCUAUUGCCGGCGCAAGGAAGAGCUGCUUUUGGUGUACGAAUACAUGCCCAAUGGAAGCCUGGACAAGUACCUAUUUGGCCAACCAAAAGUCACCCUGGGCUGGGGCCAGAGAUUUCGAGCGGUAAAAGGUGUAGCAACGGGGCUGUUUUAUCUACACGAACAAUGGGAACAAGUAGUUGUUCACAGAGAUGUUAAGGCAAGUAAUGUCUUGCUCGAUGGUGAGCUGAAUGGUAGAUUAGGAGACUUCGGCCUUGCAAGAUUAUAUGACCAUGGAACAGAUCCUCAGACUACCCAUCUGGCAGGAACUAUCGGGUAUCUUGCGCCAGAAAAUUUUAGAGGCGGCAAGGCCACAACAAACACUGAUGUGUUUGCUUUUGGGGCCUUUUUGCUUGAGGUUGCUUGUGGAAGAAGACCAAUAGAACAAAAUAGGCCAACGGAGGAUGUGCUUUUGGUUAAUUGGGUAUUUUCUCAUUGGAAACGAGGCGAUAUUCUUGGGGCAAGGGAUCCAAAUUUGGGGGAAGAGUAUGUGGCGGAGGAAGUAGAGCUGGUAUUGAAACUUGGGUUGUUAUGCUCUCAUUCGGCACCAGCAGCUAGGCCUAGCAUGCGCCAAAUCUUGCAGUACUUGGAGGCCGAUGUUCCUCCUCCUCCAGAGUUUUGUGCCAGCAGCUUAGCAUUUGCACAUUGCGAAGCUUUCGAUGAUUUUUACUUGGCAUAUCAGGCUUCUGUGGACAAUGCAGCUGUUCGUUCCUCUUUUGUUGCAGAAUCAGUUCUAUCCGGAGGUCGCUGAUUCCGAAUGCUUUUGUUUGAGAACGUAGAUCGUGGCCUUUUGUGCAAGAUCUUAGAUAGAGUUGUGGUACUAGAAUACAGUUGCUUUUUGAGGUUUUGCAGUAUAGGGAUUAUUAUAGAUUGAUAUAAUUCAAAGAAAAUAAACACGUAUAAUUCAAUUUGUAUUAGUGGACAUGGCUCUCUGUGGCUGGUUGGGGCUUUCUCUCAUGGUCGGCAACUAGAGUAUAUCAUUGAGUUGAUAAAAUUCGUCAUGUAAAUUCAAAGUAUUGAUUGUUAUUUCUACAAUAUGAAGAAAUUAGUAGCACUAUGUUCCA